GAGAACCAGAUAAUCAGGGAAGAACUUUCAAGAAGUAGGCGGAGUAAAAACUUCACAAGAGGCGAUUCCCGAGUUUAAAUAAUCUCAAGAUAUUUGAUUAAACAGAAGCUCUCCUGACUGAGGAGGAAACAAAAGACCACCAAGAUGGGGGCCAUGUUCCGUAGCGAGGAGAUGAAUCUGUGUCAGAUUUUCCUCCAAUCAGAAGCAGCCUACGCCUGUGUCUCGGAGCUAGGCGAGCUUGGGCUGGUCCAGUUCAAAGACCUGAAUCCUGAUGUGAAUGCCUUCCAGAGGAAGUUUGUGAGUGAGAUCAUGAGAUGUGAAGAGAUGGAGAGAAAACUCAGAUACAUACACAAGGAACUGAAGAAGGAUGGAAUGAAGAUUCCAGACCGAGAUGAGAAUCCGAAGGCACCAGCUCCUAAAGAAAUGAUCGACCUGGAGGCGACCUUUGAGAAAAUUGAGUCCGAGUUAAAGGAAGUGAACACGAAUGCCGAAGCUUUACGUCGUAACUAUCUAGAGCUGACGGAACUCAAGGAAGUCCUGAAGAAAACUCAGCUCUUCUUCUCUGAGCAUGGUCGCCAUGGUAUUGUGGAGGAUGCUCAGAGUGCUCUGGUCCAUGACGAGGGAGGGGGAUUUGUUCCCAUCACCUCUGUACAACUAGGGUUUGUAGCUGGUGUGAUUCCCAGAGAGAAGGUCCCUGCCUUUGAGAGACUUCUAUGGUUUGCUAACCGAGGUAACACCUUCCUGAAAUACGACGAGAUUGAACAGUCCCUGGAGGACCCAGUCACAGGAGAUGCCAUUUCUAAGUGUGUAUUUCUGAUUUUCUUCCAAGGAGAACAGCUAAAGGCUCGGGUCAGGAAGAUUUGUGAAGGGUUUAAAGCCACUCUAUACCCGUGUCCAGAGAGUGCCCAGGAGAGAAUAGAUAUGUUGAAUGGUGUGUCUACUAGACUGGAGGACCUCAAUACAGUUCUCCACCAAACCGAGGACCACAGGAAGAGAGUGUUGAUGAGUGCCCAGAAGGAGAUACGACCUUGGAUUAUCAAGGUCAAAAAGAUCAAGGCCAUCUACCACACCCUCAACAUGUGUAACUUUGACGUGUCCCAUAACAGUCUGAUCGCCGAGUGCUGGACACCGGUUAGUGGUCUGGAGGAGAUCCAGAGGGCACUCAAACACGGCACCGAGCUGAGUGGAAGCACUGUUCCCAGCAUUCUCCAUCGUAUGCAGACAAAGGAAGUCCCGCCGACCUACUUCCGCACAAACAAGUUUACACUUGUGUUUCAGGAAAUCAUUGAUGCUUACGGUAUAGCCUCCUACCAAGAGGUCAAUCCAGCUCCGUACGCCAUCAUCUCCUUCCCGUUCCUGUUUGCCGUCAUGUUUGGAGAUUUUGGUCAUGGCUUCAUCAUGUUCCUGGCGGGACUGUGGAUGGUCAUCAUGGAGAAAAAACUGAUAGCGGACAAGUCGGACAACGAGAUUAGGAACAUGUUUUUUGGAGGACGCUACAUCAUCACUAUGAUGGGUCUGUUCUCUGUCUACACCGGACUGAUCUAUAACGACAUCUUCUCUAAAUCUGUCAACAUAUUCGGAUCAGCCUGGCACCCCAGCUAUGACUUUCAUACAUUAAUGGCACAGUCCAGUCGAGUCCUGGAUCCACUGGAACACUUCAACAAUGCCACGGGUCCAUAUCCUUUUGGAGUUGACCCGAUCUGGCAGGGAAGUCUGAACAAAAUCACCUUCACCAACUCCCUCAAGAUGAAAAUUUCUGUCAUCUUCGGAGUCUCGCAGAUGUUGCUGGGUGUACUUCUGAGCUGUGUCAACCACGCGUACUUCCGUCGGCCCCUGAACAUCUUCUGUGAGUUUAUACCUCAGCUGGUCUUCCUGCUUUGUCUGUUUGGGUACCUGGUGGCCCUCGUCUUCUACAAGUGGAUCUUCUUCACCGCCCUCUGUACCCAGUAUGCUCCACAGCUUCUUAUCCAGUUUAUCAACAUGUUUUUGAUAACAUAUACACCCCGCUCCAAACCGGCCAAUUUUACUGGGGACUUGUAUGCCUGCUCUAGUAUUGAACCAAAGAGUAUCAAUGCCACGUCACAAACCGUCUUCUUUGAGUACCAGCAACCCAUUCAGAUCACCCUUGUUAUCUUGGCGCUAGCGAUGGUUCCGAUGAUGUUACUAGUGAAGCCUUUUGUCUUGAGAGCCAGACAUAAUGCCAGGGUCAAGCGAAAACAAGGACUUUAUGCCACUUCACAACGAACACUGAUACACAACGAGGAACCACCAGAUCAGUCAGAUGACACUAAAGGGGUUAAGGGGGAGAGACCUGAGGCCCAUCUCUCUGACAUUGAGCUUGGGGUUCGAGAUUCUGGGAAGAAUGCGAACAUGUCAAUCAAUGGAGAGGAAGAAGUGGGUGUGGUCAAUCACACGGAGGGUGGGGCUACAGUUCAUGAGGAGGAGGAGGAAGAAAAGUUUGAGAUGGGAGAGGUCUUUAUACACCAAGCCAUUCACACGAUAGAGUACUGCCUGGGCUGUAUCUCACACACUGCCUCUUACCUACGACUGUGGGCACUUAGUUUGGCUCAUGCUCAGUUGUCUGAGGUGUUGUGGGGGAUGUUGUUUCACAUCUCCCUCACGAUGGACUUUGAGUACGUGGGUGGAGUGGUUAUUUGGGCGGUGUUUGCUGUCUUUGCCGGGGUGACCGUUGCUGUACUUCUCUUGAUGGAGGGACUCUCGGCUUUCCUUCAUACGCUCCGUCUUCACUGGGUGGAGUUCAACAGUAAAUUCUACAUGGGGGAAGGUUAUAAGUUUGCUCCCUACAGCUUCAAGCACCUGCUGGAUGCUGACCUGGAUGAAUAACGGGAACCACGUCGUAUAAUUCACGGAACAGGACCAUGACUACUGUAGACCAUUCCUUCUUUAUCUCAUUAUAAUGGGCUUCCAAUUUUGUGAUUUGAAAUGACUUGAUGUUGAAAUUCUUAGUUUAAACCAUUUGAUAGGUGCUUAAUAUUGAAGAAAUGUUUAACAAGUGAGUGAGAUACAAAUAUUGUCACAGUUUUUCUGUUUCACAUUUUACCUAUUGACAUCAACCAUAAGAACAAGUCUUUUUUUCAAAAAAAAAAAAUUAUAAACCUUUUUACAUAUGAGAUAUUGAUUAUUGCUGAUUUUGACCAAUGAAACAUAAGCUGCUGAUUUUUGUAUACUGCACUUUUCGGUAUAUGAUGAUUGGUCUUGUAUGUCACAUUAACAGAGUUUUUCUGAUGAUAUCGGUGUUUACUGUUGACUGGAAUCCUGCUGUUAACUUGUUAAAUCUAGGUCACAGACAUUCAAGGCUGAUCCAAUGAUACACUGAGAAUGUCUGGAGUAAAAAUUGUGUCUGUGAUUAUAUAUUUAUCAUGAUAUUGAAUAAAAAAUAUUUUCUGCA